CAGGAACUGUUGACAAUUAAGUGAUGAAACUCUCCAAAAAAAUGGAGGCAGAGAAAGACUCUGGAAGAAGAUUGCGAUCUAUUGGCAGAAGGCGAUACGAUGAGAACGAGGACCUCUCGGACGUGGAGGAAAUUGUCAGCAUCAGGAGUUUCAAUUUGGAAGAGAAAUUAAAGAGUAAAAUGUAUCACGGGGAUUUCGUGCAUGCCAUGGACGGGAAAGAUUUUACUUUUGAGUAUGUGCAAAGAGAAGCUCUCAGAGUUCCCCUUAUCUUCAGAAAUAAGGAUGGACUGGGAAUUAAAAUGCCUGACCCGGAUUUCACCGUCAGAGAUGUGAAGCUAUUAGUGGGAAGCCGACGGAUAGUGGACGUGAUGGAUGUGAACACACAGAAAGGUGUUGAAAUGAGCAUGUCUCAAUUUGUGAGAUACUAUGAAACACCAGAGGCCCAGCGUGAAAAACUCUACAAUGUCAUCAGCCUGGAGUUCAGUCACACGAAGCUGGAGAACAUUGUCAAGCGCCCCAAUGUGGUGGACUUAGUUGACUGGGUGGAUAAUAUGUGGCCACAGCAUUUGAAGGAGAGACAGACGGAUGCUACCAAUGCUAUUUCAGAGAUGAAAUACCCCAAAGUGAAAAAGUACUGUUUGAUGAGUGUGAAAGGAUGCUUCACUGAUUUUCAUAUUGAUUUUGGUGGCACUUCAGUGUGGUAUCACGUUUUCCGUGGGGGGAAGAUCUUCUGGCUGAUUCCGCCUACUCUGCAGAAUCUAGAACUUUAUGAAGAAUGGGUUCUCUCAGGAAAGCAAAGUGAUAUCUUUCUGGGAGACAGGGUGGAACGAUGCCAAAGAAUUGAGCUGAAACAAGGCUAUACGUUCUUCAUUCCUUCAGGGUGGAUACAUGCGGUUUAUACUCCAGUAGAUUCUCUGGUGUUUGGUGGAAAUAUCCUGCAUAGCUUUAAUGUUCCCAUGCAGCUUCGCAUCUAUGAAAUUGAGGACAGAACAAGGGUGCAUGCCAAAUUCCGUUAUCCUUUCUACUAUGAAAUGUGCUGGUAUGUUCUGGAGAGAUACGUGUCCUGUGUGACCCAGCGCUGCCACCUCAGCAAAGAGUACCAGAAAGAAUCAAUGUUAAUUGAUGCAAAAAGAAAACGCAGCACAGACAGCUAUUCAUCAGAUUCGUGGUUAGACAUGGAUGAAGAAUCUUGUGAUGCCCAUAUCCAGGAGGAGAAGGAUGACAGCUUGGAUAAGAACUCCAAAUCCUUGGUGGAUGGCUCCUCCUCACCCAACAGCACACACUCAGAAGGGAAGGAGGGUGUAGGAAGAAAACAAAAAGCCACAGUAAUGAGAUACCUAAAAAGAACUUUGUCUAAUGAGUCAGAUGACAGCGUAAAAUCAACGACCCCCACGGACUAUCCCAAAACACCAACGGGGUCUCCAGCUACAGAAGUUUCAACCAAAUGGACUCACCUCACAGAAUUUGAACUGAAGGGUUUAAAAGCCCUGGUGGAAAAGCUUGAAUCUCUCCCAGAGAACAAGAAGUGUGUUCCAGAAGGCAUCGAAGAUCCUCAGGCUCUCCUAGAGGACAUGAAGAACAUACUGAAGGAACAUGCUGAUGAUGACCAAAAUCUUGCCAUUUCGGGUGUCCCUGUGGUCAGCUGGCCCAAGAAGACCACAAAGAACAGGGCAGUCGGACGGCCCAAAGGGAAACUGGGCACUGCUUCUGCGGUGAAGCUCGCAGCUAAUCGGACAACCGCUGGAGCACGUCGGAGGAGGACGCGAUGCCGCAAGUGCGAGGCUUGUCUGCGGACAGAGUGCGGCGAGUGUCACUUCUGCAAAGACAUGAAGAAAUUUGGGGGACCUGGCAGGAUGAAACAGUCCUGCAUUAUGAGGCAGUGUAUCGCACCGGUGUUGCCUCAUACUGCUGUGUGUCUGGUGUGUGGAGAAGCUGGGAAGGAGGAUACUGUGGAAGAGGAGGAGAGCAAGUUUAAUCUCAUGCUAAUGGAAUGCUCCAUUUGUAAUGAAAUCAUACACCCAGGAUGCCUUAAGGUGAAGGAAUCAGAUGGUGUGGUUAACGACGAGCUGCCGAACUGCUGGGAGUGUCCAAAGUGCAACCAUGCAGGGAAAACUGGAAAACAAAAGCGCGGACCAGGAUUCAAAUACGCAUCAAAUCUCCCAGGCUCAUUGCUGAAGGAACAGAAAAUGAACAGAGACAAUAAGGAAGUAACAGAUGCUGCAAAACGGAAAGAGGAUUGUGAAGAAACUCCCAGGCGGAAAUCAGAGGAACAUUCCAAAAAGACUCAAGUUGACUCAAUACUGAGGAGAAAGUCAGACGAAGUGCAUCUGUGGAGGAAAAGGAAAUUUGAGAAACCCCAGGAACCCACUAUGAGAAAGCGGCUAAAACUUGGAAAAGAAGACAAACUCUUCAGGAAGAAGCGGCGAUCGUGGAAGGCUCCAGAUGACCGAACUGCCAUGAUCAAGCCCCUGCGGCGCCUCAAGCAGGAGCCAGAGGAUGACCUGCCAGAAGCACCUCCCAGGUCCAAGGAUAGUGACCAGUCACGGUCCAGCUCGCCCACUGCAGGUCCCAGCACGGAGGGCGCCGAGCCCAGGGACAAGAAGAAGUUCAAGAUGAGGAGGAAAAGGCGGCUUCCCAAUAAAGAACUGAGCAAGGAGCUCAGCAAGGAGCUUAACCAGGAGAUCCAAAAAACCGAGAACAGCCUUGCCAAUGAGAAUCACCAACCCAUCAAAUCUGAACCUGAGAGCGAGAAUGAGGAACCUAAGCGUGCUUUGAACAACAGCGAGAGACUCCAUAGGUUCAGCAAAGGGUUAAACGGGACUCCCCGGGAGCUGAGGCACCAGCUCAUCCCCAGCCUGCGAAGCACACCUCGGGGAAUAACCCGGCCACCGCCUUCGCUCUCUCCUCCCAAAUGCAUUCAGAUGGAACGGCACGUUAUCCGGCCACCUCCCAUCAGCCCCCCUCCGGACUCGCUCCCCCUGGAUGACGGGGCAGCCCACGUGAUGCAGAGGGAAGUCUGGAUGGCUGUCUUUAGCUACCUCAGUCAUAGAGACUUGUGCAUCUGUAUGAGAGUUUGCAAGACCUGGAACAGAUGGUGCUGUGACAAAAGAUUAUGGACCAAAAUAGAUUUAAACCAUUGUAAAUCCAUCACUCCACUUAUGCUUAGUGGCAUUAUUAGGAGACAGCCUGUAACCCUUGAUCUUAGCUGGACAAAUAUAUCUAAAAAGCAGCUGAGUUGGCUUAUCAACAGACUGCCAGGUCUUCGAGACUUGCUGUUAUCAGGGUGCUCAUGGAUAGCAGUGUCGGCACUUUGUAGUUCCAGUUGUCCUUUACUCCGAACUCUGGACGUGCAGUGGGCAGAAGGACUGAAAGACGCACAAAUGAGAGACCUCUUGUCACCACCCACAGAUAACCGGCCAGGCUGCAACGGGUGUACUUUAGAGAGUAUGGAAACACUUUCUUCCAGUUCAGGGAAGGAGCAGUUCUGUGGGUCAUGCCACAUUCGCCCGGAUAUCAGCUCAGGUCAGAUCGACAACCGGAGUAAACUACGGAACAUAGUUGAGCUGCGUUUGGCUGGCCUGGAUAUUACAGAUGCUUCUUUGCGGCUGAUCAUAAGGCACAUGCCUCUGCUCUCCAAACUCAAUCUUAGUUACUGUAAUCAUGUGACGGAUCAGUCUAUUAACCUGCUGACCGCGGUUGGAACCACCACGCGGGAUUCAUUAACAGAAAUUAAUUUAUCAGACUGCAAUAAGGUUACUGACCAGUGCCUGUCUUACUUCAAACGUUGUGGCAAUAUCUGCCAGAUCGACCUGAGGUACUGCAAGCAAGUGACAAAAGAAGGCUGCGAGCAGUUCAUAGCGGAAAUGUCAGUAAGUGUUCAGUUUGGGCAAGUGGAAGAAAAACUUCUGCAAAAACUGAGUUAGUUAAAGGACACGUGUAAAUACU